AUGAAAUGCAUAGAGAACAAAGAGAAGCUCUGUAGGCUGAUUGCGUAUGGAGCACUUCUCUUCAUUGGAGCAAUUCCAUCACUCGUCUACAUCAGAAAAGAGAGUGGAUUCGUCUCAGAAGCAACGAUGGUUGGACUGUCCAUCGUGGCAGCAUUUGGUGCAUUCUACGCAACAAUCUGCAUAUUCACUGAUGGAUUCGUAGACAGAAAAGUUCAUUUCACCAUUCCAAGGGAAAUGGAACGAAAAUGCACCAUUUGCGAUAUCGUGAAACCAGAGAGGUCGCACCACUGCAAGAUCUGUAAAAAAUGUGUAGUGAAAAUGGAUCACCACUGCAACAUUCUGAGCGUAUGCAUCGGCCACAGCAACCACGGCCAUUUCGUUCGCUACCUCUUCUUCACGUGGCUUGGUGCCCUAUGGCUCUUUCUGUACAACGCAUUUCUGAUAUUCAACAAGAUAUUUAUUGCGACUGAUUCAGUCACAUAUCCAAUCAGCACAUUCAUCCUGUUUUCAACAUUGGUUUCAAUUUGCAUCAUUUUCAUAACAACAAUGCACUUGCAUUGGCAGACACAGAACAUGAGGAGGAACAUCACGAACAUCGAACUGGUUCAGGAGCACAAUGCGAAGUAUCGAGACAUCAAAUGCGGGCCAUCACCGUACAAUCAGGGAUUCUACAGCAAUUUCAGGGACAUAAUGGGAUCAAUCAGGUAUCUGCAUCUGGGGCCACCUGUUCUAGACGGCUACAACUGGCCUAAGACAUUCAAAACGUACUAUUGGCCACUGAUCGAUGUAAAUGCGAUACGAUCAGAAUGCGACGAGAAUAUCUAA